AUGAACGGCCCUAAACAUACGCUUCGCAAUCAGCUGGAAAGCCAACAGCAAUACCCGUUUUCACAUAACAUGAUCAAUCAGAUUCGUUUCGAAAGCAGGAACACCACGUGGCUCGCACACCUGGACUGCUGGGGUUCAGACAAAAGUCCGAGCACGGAGGAUUCCUUUCACUCUUCGAGGAGAGAGAGGAUAGACCUCCUGACGGGUGGCAUGGCUCAGAGACCACUCCAUCCUUCGUUCGGAAGAGAGCUGCGCCCUAUCGAUGGGCAGGCGAAAUCAUCUGUGUGGUGGAGCAGAACGGUUCGAAAUGAACUCGCGUCUGGAGGACGGAUUAUUCCAGCCGCCUGGAGAGAUCCCGGCAUUCUGGGAAUCUUCGAAGCCGAAGGAGAUGGCACUGCGAUCAAGGCCCGCUGGCUUUCCAACCUUAUUAGGGUUCAGUCCCAGCCAGCCGAUUCUAAAACUUACAGCGCUAAUUGA